GUAUUUGGGGUGAGUGGGGAAAGAGCAGGUGUGCGGUGGCAGCAUCACCUGGUGCAAGAUCGGAGGCCGAUGGUGUCUCCAUGUCAGGGAGGCAUGGCGGGGGUACCGCGUCCUCAGACCGGAAGUCAGAGAGAGACGGUCUGAGUCCUUCCAGGGCGUGCCUCCUUACCCUGGGGACCCCCACUCCACCCCAUCCGAAGGUUCCACGCUGCCAACAGACACAGCCACCCGAGUGGGCACCAGCCUCUGAACCACCACCUUGAGGGUAGCAGUCCCCAAGCUGUUUGGCACCAGAACCGGGUUCCUGGAAGACAAAUUUUCCACACUUGGGGUGGAGCUGGGGCGGAGGCCAGGUCGAGGAUGUGAUGGCUCUGGAUGAUUCAAAGAAGCGCGCAGCCUAGAUCUCUCCCACUCGUGACUCUCUGGGGUCUGCUCUCCUGCAGAAGCAACUUGGCGUGCCAUGAUCUGGAGGGGCUCCCAGCUGAUGCUGCCCCCUGUGCUGCUGGUGCUCCUGGCCUCAGGUUCUGGGCUGUCAGUGGUGCCCGAGGAGCUACAUGCCGUGGUGGGACAGACGCUGUCCGUGUGGUGCCAGUACAAACCCCAGACGGGGCCCUACGUGAGGAAAAGUUGGUGUCGCCAGACGGAAGUGGAGAGGUGCACCAGGGUGGUCACCACCUCCCAGCCCCGGACAAUCGUGGAGGAGCCGAGGCACACAAUCUGGGACGAUCCCCACGCUGGUUUGUUCGUCAUCAGCACAACUGACCUGAGGGAGGACGACUCGGGACCCUACUGGUGUGGAAAAUACAACACCUCCACAAACACGAUCUUUGUUCUCCGAAACGUCACCCUGGUGGUGUCUCCAGCCCAGUCCACCGCUCACACAUGGACCACCGCCUGACCCUCGGUGACCACAGCUCUGGUCACUUCUCCAGAGGGGACCCCUGGCCUUUCCAUCCGUGGCUCUAAGCACAGGAACUCCAGUGCCCCCUCCUCCCUGCAUACUGCUAACCCUGAGCUCCUGUUCCUCCUGCAGUGUGGUCUUCUGGCAGUCAAGGGUCUGUCGCUGUCAGCCCUGUGCAUGGUUCUGUGCUGCAGGUGCUGCUACAGGGGUCACAAGGACACUGGUGACAAAAUGAUGGAGGCUUCUGAUUGCACCAGCUUCAUCCAGGCCCCAAAGCCCAUGAGUGCAUUCGACUAUGUCCCUGGACACAGAAGGAACACCUGUUCUCCUACCCCCGAUGAAGGGCAGUACACAAACCCAGGGAGAUAACUCCCAGUGGCCCAUCAUCAGUGAUACAGAGCAGUCUAAGAUCCACUUCCUCUGCCCUGCCCCCAGACUGGCUGUCCAUGGCAGCGAUGAUCUAUAUCCAGUGCUUUCCACUGUGACCCAGCACCCCGCCCGGCGUCUUCCCCCACCUGCACACAUGCCCCGCGCUUCCCAGGGAUCUUGCAUCCUUCUGCUUGCCUCCGCUGGGCGCCAGGAUUCCUGCUGUUGCCUCGCUCUGCAAUGCUACACCUCUAUGUCUUCCUUCUUGUGCUCAAAUUCAACCUCUAGGACUGAACUUUGUCAGGGGCAACUGAGCAAGAUCUGUGAGUGGAUCCCCUUAGCUUCCAGUCCUCCCACCUCAGGUAUCUUAAUCUGAGAUAAA